AUAUGCAGCUAAAACAUGGUUUCCAUCAAAGUCCAUUUGAAGUUUAGAAGUGACCAAAUGGGACCGAAGAAGAUGGGUUUGCUUCUGGAUUUUAUACUUGUUUUUAUGAGUUUCAUUGGGUUGCUUCCUUCCACCGUUGAAGGAAAGGUUCACUACUAUGAUUUUGUUUUGGAAGAUAAAAAUUUUACCAAGUUAUGUAGCACCAAGUCUGCUUUGGUCGUCAAUGGCAGCAUUCCAGGGCCAGUGGUUUAUGUUAACAAGGGUGACACCAUGUUCGUUAAUGUACAUAACGAAGGAGGUUAUAAAGUUACCCUUCACUGGCAUGGAGUGAAGCAACCGAGAAAUCCAUGGUCUGAUGGCCCGGAGUACAUCACACAAUGUGGAAUUCAACCGGGUACAAACUUCACUUAUGAGGUGAUAUUUUCUGAUGAGGUAGGGACCCUCUGGUGGCAUGCCCACAGUGAUUGGACAAGAAAUACUGUUCACGGAGCCAUCGUCAUUCACCCUGAAGAAGGAACUUCAUAUCCUUAUCCCACUCCUGAUGGUGAAGAAGUUCUUGUUUUAGGAUCAUGGUAUACUUAUGAUGUGAAUUUAGUGGUUGCAGAAGACCUUCUAACUGGGGCAGAUUUACCUGCAUCAGAUGCCUAUACCAUAAACGGUGAACCAGGCGACUUUUGUAAUUGCUCUAAAGAAACAACAUAUCGUUGGCAAGUUGAGUAUGGAAAGACCUAUCUUCUUCGAUUAGUUAAUGCAAUCAUGAACACAGAAGUAUUCUUUGCUAUUGCUGGACACAACGUCACAGUCGUGGGAAGAGAUGCAGCAUACCUAAAACCAUUUGUCACGAGCUAUAUUAUGAUAGGUCCUGGACAAACCAUGGACAUUUUGUUGACAACAGACCAGUCUCCUGGCCAGUAUUACAUUGCUGCCAGACAAUUAUACACAGACAAAUCAAUUUAUACUGACUAUGACAAAGUAAAUGUUACCGCGAUUCUUGAGUAUAAAGGCAACUACAGCUAUCCAACUUCCCCUUCUUUCCCAUACGACACCCUUCCUUCUUAUACAGAUAUUGAUGCUGGAGUAGCAUUUAGAAACAAAUUAAGGAGUCUUUAUAAUCAAGACGUCCCAAAAAACAUCACAACCCGGAUGUACAUUACAGCAUCUCAAAACUUAAUUGUUCUGAAUCAAUCAGACGGUGGAGUUGCUGUCACUCUUGCAGCAAGCUUAAAUAAUGUGUCUUUUGUGAAUCCCAAAACGGACGUGCUUCGAGCUUAUUACUACAACAUCAGUGGUUUCUUCACGGACGAUUUCCCAGACAUGCCGCCUACAUUCUAUGAUUUUGUUGCAGAUGAUUUUUUAGUUAAUUCGACAGAGUCAGUGUUGGGUACCAAAGUGAAGGUGCUUGAAUAUGGAGAAGAAGUGGAAAUGAUCUUUCAAAAUUCUAAUAUUUUGAACGCAUCCGAGGAUCAUCCAAUGCAUCUUCAUGGAUAUAGUUUUUAUGUGGUAGGAGCAGGACCUGGAAAUUUUGAUUUCGAAGAGGAUCCUGAAAAGUACAAUUUGGUUGAUCCACCAUAUGUAAACACUGCUACACUUCCAAAGGUCGGAUGGCUUUCAGUUAGAUUCAGAGCACUAAAUCCUGGAGUUUGGCUAUGGCACUGUCACUUAGAUCGUCAUCUAAGUUGGGGAAUGGACACAGUGAUUAUAGUAAAAGAUGGUGGCACUCCUGAGACAUGUAUCCGCAAACCACCACCAAAUAUGCCUAUCUGUGAUGAUGCACCAGCGCUUGGACUUUCCAGAGCAGAUUCUUCAUCUGAAGACCUGCAACAGAAAUACGAGAAUACGUAUACCUAGGUUCAAUAUUUGAGUCAUUCAAGUAUGGAUUAGUAGGUGAAUGUAUUCAUCCAUUUUACAUAAAAUAAUUUAAUAUGUAAUUUUUAUAUAAAAUUACAUAUUAAAAUAUUUUUUUAUAAAUUUCUCAAAAAUGACUGUAAGCACUUUAAAAUUUACCCAAUUAGUACAAUUAGGUUCACUAUUAUGAUCUUUUUAUCUUGACCUCUCAAUCGUUGCUGUGUUCAGCUAUGUGAGCAAAUUGUGCGAAAGUUAUGUCAUGCUUUUGACUAUUUGGUACGAGGAGGGAAGCAAUUUGAAUGUUAUUUUGGUGUUUUGUA